GCGGGGCCGUGCUUUAGCAGUGUGGUAUCGCGGAGGGAGGGACAGACAGACAGUGAGCUAUGAAGCGGAGAGACUCCACUGUCCAGCCCUCGCUGUCCGCCUGACACCGUUCAUACAUCCACGAGCCGAGGAUCACCUUACCAAUAUGCGGUUCCCGUCCGCUCCGAGCGCCCGCCGCGGUCUGUGAGUCCCCGCUGAGCCCGCAGCCCCGAACCCGGAGGGUUUUUCCCCCGUCGGCGCGUCGACUCGCUCCGAGCAGGCAAUGACAACCGCCUCGGCGACCCCGCAGCAGAUGAGAGACCGGCUGCUGCAGGCCAUCGAUAGCCACAGCAAUAUCCGUAACAUGGUUGCAGUACUUGAUGUUAUCAGCCAUUUGGAGAAAUACCCCAUCACCAAAGAAGCACUUGAGGAAACUCGCCUAGGAAAGCUUAUUAACGAUGUGAGGAAAAAGACGAAGGAUGAAGACCUUGCAAAGCGUGCCAAGAAACUUCUUAGAAACUGGCAGAAGCUCAUUGAGCCUAGCCAGAGCGACACUCCGUCUCGAGGAGUGCAGGGCGGCCCCGGCUCGGCCAAUGGCGGCUCCCAUCCCUGCCGAACAGACGUGCCCGUGCCCCCACCUGCCAAGGUCGCUCCAGAACUCAAAACUCGAAAUGACAUCCAUAACACUUUCUCUCCUUUGGCGGAGAAAUCGAGAAGUCGGAAACACAGGGACCAAAGGGAUAGUCCUAAUCUGCCUUCCAAAGUGUAUAAAACGCAGAGCAAUGUGUUUUCUUCCCCUCUGCCAUCAAACGGAAUCGGUGGCAACCCUGAGCCUCUUAUUGAAAAACAAGACGAUGCACCUUCUGACAGAAACCGGCCAGAGCCUCUGGAGACUGACAGACAAAACAAAAUCCCAGUCAAUGCUGUUAAGCCUCAUCCGAGUUCGCCUGGGCUCACUAAACUCCCUAGCACUUCUUCCUUACUUAAAACUUCAGUGUUAAAACAACUGAUCGUAGACGGAGCAGAAAAACCUCAACCCAGUAGUAGUCCCCAGUACUCACUAAGUCCACGUCUUGUAAAGCAAGAGACUGUGGCUAAGAGGUCUUCAGCGUAUGCACCAAAAGCGACUCUCUUGAGCCCAUCUCAGAAUUCUGCCCAAGUGCCCUCUCUUCUGCCUUUAACGUCCCCAACCCAAGUGUCUUGCGCUGACGGUCCCGGUCCCGGCCCCGGCCCCUUACCUCUAGAGGUGGAGGACUCCUUUCCCUUGCACAGACCGGCAGAAAGAACGACGCACGAGCCGUCAGACGUGCAGAACGCGUUGCCUGAGGUUACGAAGGACAGCUCCGAGGGGGUAACGUCCAACAAGAAGCGAAAGAAGUACCGCUCUAGAGACUACACGGUAAACCUCCAAGGACAGCCCUCAGAGGACCAGACGAAACCUGUGCGAUUAAAAGAGCGCAGACUGACAUUCGACCCGGUGACCGGGCAGAUAAAGCCCCUAACUCCGAAGGAGUCCCUCCCAGAGGAGGAGUGCCAGGGACCACCAGCGUUUGCGCCUGCAAGGACAGAAGUUCCCACACAGAGGCCGUCUGUGACAGCCCCUAGUCCUUUUCAACAGACAAACUGGAAAGAGCUGUCCAGAAACGAAAUCAUCCAGUCUUACCUUAGCCUUCAGAGCAACGUUCUCACGUCGUCUGGAGCGCAGACCCACGGAGCGCACUUCUUCAUGACUGAGUAUUUGAAACGAGAGGAGCACGACGUGCGGGAGACGCGGAAGACGCACGUCUUGGUACCGUGCGGCUCCGGCUCCGAGCUCCCCGGUGUGAGCAGAGAGGUAACUCUCGAGGACCUUAGUAGGAUACACUCUGAGCGCUGGCCCGGGGUCAAUGGUUGUUUCGACACCAAGGGCGAAUGGUUUGACUGGACAGAGUGUAUAUCUUUGGAUACUCACGGUGAUGAGUCCAGACUGAACAUCCUGCCAUACGUCUGCCUGGACUGAAGCAGCAGCAGCAGCAGUUCUGAUGGCUUUGCAAACAGUUCAUCGGCACACCCUGCCCCGCCACCGCAAGUUCGUAGUCCGAAAAAAUUCCGUACUGAAGUUGUUUUUUUUUUCUUUUCUUUUUUUUUUUUUUUUUCUUUUAAUGAAAGGUAAUUUGAAAAGAUGUCCUGUUUGUAAUGUGCUGCUACCAACAAUAAUUUGCAAACAAGAGUUGUAAAUAAUGGCUCGGUGUUACUCCUCCGGGCCAGUUACUGCACAAUGUCGUGUAUAGGAGUGGUCAGAGUGAGCACUAAGCGGUGCACAUAGAGGGGGUUGAUUGAAAGCAAGACGAAAAAAAAAAAAGCUUGAUGGCAGUUACAAAGAGCUUUAUGUGACAAAGAAUAAAUUAUACUUUUUU